AUGAUUGGCAUUGGUUUAUCAGCAGGAUUUACUUUUUCCUCAGUUCCUUCCUAUUCUGUAGUAGUUGACACAGCAACAGCGGCAACUUCGCCUACCUCUACGACAUAUUAUUUAAGCUCUUCAAGUGACUAUGGAGUAGGCGGGUUUAUUAUGGCCUAUGGAUCAUCAUGGGGCGCUGCAGCACCUACUUCUGGUGGGAUUGAUUAUAAUCUAGCAGUUACCAAUCUACAAAGUCCAAAUCACUCUAGCUCAAGUACUUGGAAUGUAUGGGUGGCAGCCGAUUCGCCAGGAUUAGAUUGCAUAUAUUCAAAAUCUUAUUCUGGAAAUAUCAUCAUUAAAGAAGAAGCUUUGAACACACCUAAAUGCUAUUCUGAUUCAGAUACUAUUAUGGGAGCUAGUGCAGACUCUGUUAAUCUGUCAAUGAAUUUUGAAUUCACUACUAAAAUUAAGGUGCCAAAAGGCGGUUUCCUUAAAUUUGCUUUAGAAAAUUCAUGGUCAUGGCCAUCCUCAGGCUACUCCUCAUCCUCAAUACCAGCAUCUUAUUCAGUUUCUGGAAGUACCCUGACAGCUAGUCUUUAUGCUGAUCUUCAAAUUGGGACAUACACUAUUGUGGUAAAUGGAGUUCAACCUCCACCAAAUAGUUGAUCUUCUACCAUUGAAAAAGACUGCUUUUAUUCAUUAUCAACUCAAACCAGCCAAGGUGAUAAAAUCGAAUUCUGGUAUUCAUCUGGAGCAUCUCAAACACGAAUUACCUCAUCUGCUUCUGUAAAACCUGGAAAUUCUUAUGUAACUAUCAAUUCAUAUCCAAACUGCCGAAACGUGAUAGUUGAUAUCUUACUUACUUUUUACUUCGACAAAAACGUUCCUGAUGGCAGCUAUCUUGAAAUUUCAACCCCUAUAGACAUGCCUUGGUCUUAUCCUGCAUGAUCAGCUACCAUUAAAGACUACUGCUGGGCUAAUGUUAUAUAUAGCAGCUGCACAGUUACUGAUAGUUCUACAAUUAUUAUGUACCUAGCUGAGCCUAUACUUUUAGGAACCACAAUCAAUAUUUAUCUCGAUAGCGCAAUAAAGUUUUCAAGUCUAAACGAAGAAGGAGACUUUUUAAUUUCUGCUUAUUGGGGACCUAACUCAAUUCAAAUUAUAGAUGGCUCAUCUGGUAUAGGUAAAAAUUCAGUCAAAUUUUUAGGAUAUAAUACGGAUACAAUAUACAUAAGUGGCCAAAAUGAUAUUAAAACUGCUGGAGAGCUCUCAACUUAUACCUUCGAGCUUAUAUUGAUGGAAUUAAAUAGAAUUAACUUUGGCGAUUAUCUUUAUAUUCAAUUUCCAAGGGACUUUGACCCUUAUAUUGGAGAUUCUGAGCAGUCCUAUCGUGACUAUCCAAAUAGCUGAUUUAUUGAAUGCAGCUCAAGAGCACUUGGACAAUCCUUAAAUUGCACUGUAGACCAUUGGUUCGUCAUUGUGCAAAGUACAAAAAAUGAUGAAUUACGGUAUCUAGACUUAUCUGUUAGAGGUGUAAGAAAUCCAGGUCCUUUCAAUAUGGGCUAUUUUAAAGCAUGGCACUAUAGCGCAACUGGUAAUCUUAAAGGCCUAUCUUCUUCUACAGAUCUUAAGAUAAUCCCUACUAUGCCAGUGAACAACAUGAAUCUUAAACCUAUUUCUAUUUCAAACAGUUCCUUAGCUGCUUCAUCUGAUUAUAAUUUUGAUUUCUAUUUAACUCAAAACUCAGCUUCAAGCUUUAGCUCUGCUAAUACCUUCAACAUUACAUUCCCUCAGCAAUUUAAUUCCAUAUCAUAUACAAUUUGCAAAUUAAUGGUAUUUGACGAAACAUCAGCCACAGUUAUGACUGAAGCAAAUUGGACAACUAAUUGCACCUGCAAAGUAGUAAGAAAUAUGGUAAGUCUAACUCCAUUAGGUGUCACCCCUUUAGUCAACACAACAGACAGAAUUCGUAUUUUGCUAACUAAUGUCACUAACCCCUCUUCUAGCUUGACAAGAAAUACGGGCUGGGAUAUCACUGGCUCCUCAUUCGGGCCUUCAUAUAUGUACUGAUCUAACAGAUUUGAUAUAAUUGCAGUUGACUGAACCAACUACGUCCUUACAGGGAGGACUUAUGGAAAUCUUAACUCGGGAUAUUUAGGAUACAGCAAGUACAAUCAUACUACCCCUAGUAAUCCGACUGAUCCUACAAAUCCUACUGAUCCUACUGAUCCUACUGAUCCUACUAAUCCUACUGAUCCUACUCACCCUUUUCCUUCAGUAGUAGACAUUGGUGGAACUGAAAAUAAUCAAAUUAUCAAGCUAAUUCCUGGCACAGAAAGUGACGAUAUUUCAAUCAAGCUCACCUCUGGGUCAUCGAAUAUUGGCUUAAGAUCGCAAAAAUUAACCCUUACGCCAAAAGUAAAUUGUCUUGACCAAACCAUAGCCAAUGGUAUAAAACUCACUUCACCCUAUAACAAUUGAAUUGCGUUUCAAUUGGAUGAAGUAAUAUAUUUCAGGGUGUCAGUAGCGACUGGAACUCCCGCUGGGACUUGCUCUAUAGGAUGGACUUCAAUAGAAAAUCUACAAGAUGGAGUUAGUAAUUCCAUUUAUAAUCCUUCUCAGGUCGUUACUGUUAGAGUUAGUGCUGUUGAAAAAAUUGCAAUUAUUGUUGAUACUAUUCCCACCCUUUAUGCGGGCUACACAAGUAUCCCAAUUGGUGUAAUACUUGCUUACGCUCCAGCAUCUGAUUUGAGUGUUACUCCAUCAUUUGGUACUACAGCUUCAGGGAUUUUUAUAAACCCUGUCACGCUUACAUUUACAUCUAACACCCAAACUCUUUACUUUGAACUAAAAAUUAAUGCUAGUUAUGAUUUCACCCAGAAACCUAAACUUGAUUUCUACCUGACUGGAACUGAUGCAAAUUCUUUCAUUGCGCCUACUUCUCAAUCCCUAUUUGUCACAUCUUAUUCCUCUUCGUCACCUGCAGAUUUAUUUCUUUUCUCUAGUAUUAUUACAGGUACUGAAAUUAAAAUAACAGCAUACAGCAAAAAUGCUGUUAUCUAUUUCGGAAUUGCAUGCCAAGGCGCUCCCAUACUUAACUUUGCCGAUCUUCAGGCACAGACACAAAGUCUUGUAUCUCCAAGCUCUAGCCUGCUGAGUCUCUCAGAACAACUUGCAGCUGAUUAUCAAGCUACUGAGACCCAUAUUGACCAUACGAAAGACACUGAUACUCGUUCUUUCUUCAGGAGAAUUCACAGGAACCACUGCCUAAACCUAUGGACAGAAGCAGUUGUCAGUAAAGCUGCGAAUGGGAUAUUCGUAAUAAUUUUAGACUGACUUAUGGAUGGCACUUCCUACCAGGUUUAUGCAUAUGCUGACGAUAAAAUUAGCACCCCAGCAUUUGCAUCUUGCGAAUUUACAACUUCAGUAACCCAGCCUGCAUAUUCUACAUCAGUUACUUUUCCGGGAAGCAUUUCUGGAAGUAUGAGUGAUAGCAUUAGACGAUCCUUGGCGAAGAACAUGGGAGUUAACCCUGAUUGGCUUAUUUAUGCAGGUAUCACUAACCCAUCAUCACCUUCAGGAUCUUGAAGACUUUUAGAAAGCUCAGAAACGACUAUAUAUACAAGGUUCAGUUAUUGAAUCAUUUAUGAUAGAAGUAAGCCAAAAUACUCACCACAGUUUAUUCUCAGCAAUCUUGACAAAAAUGGAGCCACUAGUGAUCUGACUGCACUUUUCGGAGUUGCUCCAGCAGCUUUUGGAGUUCCUGUUUCUCUAUCGAGUGGUACAGUACCGACCUGGGUAGCUGCCCCAGCUUAUUCAACAGUAAAUGAUUCAGGGGCCACAUUUGCUGCAACCUCCUCACAAGUAGGCCUUGUAUGUGUAUCUUGCUCUAAUAACUAUUCAAACAAAAUUACUUAUGCUUGGCAAGUUGUUGAUGGGCUAGAUCAUGAUUCUGAAGCUGCACAUGGAACAUGCGUCAAUGUUACAUCAGCAAUUAGUACUCCGAUUGCAGUUUCUGGCCUUGCCCCUGCUACAAAGUACUAUUGCUUCUUCACUGCUUGCAAUACCAACCCAAUUAAUCCUUCUUGUAUUGAUGCUGAACAAGGUAAGGGCUUGGUAAGCAUAAUAAUUACGACAACUAGCAAUAUUGAUGACAGAGCAGUGUUGAUUGAUCUUUUAACGGCUAUCUUCUUGAUCUAUAGCUAA